CCAAUAACAGACCCUGGCUGUGUUUAUUUUACUGUGGAAAUGUUACAGUCCAUGUAGCCACUAUCAAUAGCAGUCCCUUGCGGCUUUGUUGACAUUCCAAAACUAUGAACGGAACGCUCAUCCCCACGUGAUUUGUGCAUAGUUCGUCACUUCCUGCUGUGUGAGUCCAUAUCCCGGUCCAUUUUAGAAAUCUUCUAUCCAAUCUCACGGCUGCGACGCAUACAGAACCAAAUAAUACACACGCCGAUCUGAGAAAUACAAAACUUUAUUGACACGUGUUUGAAAGAACAGUGACAGGCAGGCUGCUUGUGUAGGCCGCCAUACAUGUAAUAACACGGGAGAAGGCGCGGGCUGUCUCGGCUGCCACAGAAGGCAGCGGCGUUACACUUACACGCUGUCCGCAUUCCCGCCAACAUGAGCCUCUGUGGGAAAGAACUGUCCAACCUGCUGGGCAUCAUGACGGAGGAGGCCUGCAGUACCACGUUCGAGGGCCUCUCAGCCGCCUUCCAUCACUGCUUCUCCAAAGCAGACCAUUUCCGUGUGGGCUCCGUGCUAGUCAUGCUCCUGCAGCAGCCCGACCUACUGCCCAGUGUCCCGCAGCGCCUCACCGCCCUCUACCUGCUGUGGGAGAUGUACCGCACCGAGCCGCUGGCUGCAAAUCCUUUCGCUGCUGUCUUCGCUCACCUGCUUAACCCACCCCCUUCUGCUGUAGAGGAGGUAGAGAGACCCCUGUCAGGUAAUCAUUGUCCAGAGGUGGUGGGGGUUCACCCAAAGCUGGAGGGCAGCAAGUCUGAUAUACCCCGGUGUAGUCGUCUUCACAAAGGAUUUCUGCCUCCAAUUACUCCACCAGAAAAAUUUUUCCUCUCACAGUUGAUGUUGGCACCACCAAGGGAGCUAUUUAAAAAGACACCCAGGCAGAUUGCUGUGAUGGAUGUGACCAGUUUGGCUCAACCAGUGGACAUUAGUGGACUACAGUUAGCUCUUGCUGAGCGCCAGUCUGAGCUCCCAACACAGAGCAAAGCCAGCUUUCCCAGUAUUCUUAGUGACCCAGACCCAGAUUCUUCCAAUUCCGGCUUUGACAGUUCUGUUGCAUCGCAAAUAAUAGAAGCAUUAGUCAGCGGCCCAAAACCACCAAUUGAAAGCCACUUUCGCCCAGAAUUUAUCCGUCCCCCACCUCCUCUUCAUGUUUGUGAGGAUGAGUUAGCCUGGCUCAAUCUUAUAGAACCAGAUCAUGCCAUUAAAUGGGACCGAUCCAUGUGUGUAAAGAACAGCACUGGAGUGGAAAUUAAGCGGAUUAUGGCUAAAGCAUUCAAAAGCCCACUUUCCUCUCCUCAGCAAACUCAGCUUCUUGGAGAAUUAGAAAAAGACCCUAAGUUAGUUUACCACAUUGGCCUCACUCCUGCCAAGCUCCCAGAUUUGGUAGAAAAUAAUCCGUUGGUUGCUAUUGAAAUGCUGCUCAAGUUAAUGCAAUCAAGUCAAAUAACAGAAUAUUUCUCUGUGCUUGUCAACAUGGAUAUGUCUUUACAUUCAAUGGAAGUUGUAAAUAGACUUACAACAGCAGUGGAUCUUCCUCCUGAGUUCAUUCACCUUUACAUUUCAAAUUGUAUAUCCACAUGUGAGCAGAUUAAGGACAAGUAUAUGCAGAAUCGUUUGGUGCGAUUAGUUUGUGUUUUCCUCCAGUCCUUGAUUAGAAACAAGAUAAUCAACGUCCAGGACUUGUUUAUAGAGGUGCAAGCUUUCUGUAUAGAGUUCAGCAGGAUCCGGGAAGCAGCCGGCUUGUUCAGGUUGUUAAAAACUUUGGACACUGGAGAAAACCCUUCAGAGGCAAAGCCUUCAAAAUAAGAUUUUUCUCAUUGCCUUUGUAAAGAAACUGCUAUCUGUAGAUGGAGUCUUGUAAAUUAACUUUUUUUUUUUUUUAAUAUUUCGUUUUAAGCAUUUUGAUGUACUGUGCUCAGGGCAUAGUGUAUUCCUACAGUUUAAAAGCAUUUUAUGCCCAGUAAAUAGUUUUUCACCUGUACACUUUAGGGCAAUUCCAGAAAUACUUUUUCCUAAAUAUUUAAAUUUGUAAAUAUUCUGUGACUGUUUGUUGGCUGGUUCGGGCUACAUUUCCAUGACUAAUAGGUGUUGGAAUAAAAUGUACUCUUCUGAUGCCCUUACA